GUCACAGCCGCGAUGUGAACUCGUGUAUUCCGCACCGCGGGCGACAAACGAUAAAUAGUCGACCAAAGGGUCCGACCCGUUAGCCAAGGGCUACCGAGCCUAUCCAUCCGCGAUCGUUAAAAGUUUCAUCUUCCUAGGCGGUGCGGUUGAUAAGUUAUUAAAAACAAUAUUCCUAAUUAUAUCACAGUGUUGAAUGUGUAAGUUGUUGACGGUCCCUAACUUGCAUCGAUAGCACUUCCGCUCCACCAAGCGGAUAUCGACUUUUCUCCACCGGCCGUGGUAUGCCGAGGGCCGCUGUGUCGUUCACCCAGUCGAUAAACCUUGUCUGCUCUCCUUGGAACAACCCAAUAUCCACCUGGCCUCUCACACCGACUCGGCAACAACGCCGGCCGGACCGGCAAGACAGCUUCCCCUGCCGGCUGAAGUGAAUAUUCGUGAAAUCCAAUAUCUUGUCUCUUCACCUCAGUUAAUCACUACCUUAACCGCGGACUACAGCGGUGCGUUUCAUCGCACAUUGUACAGCAAUAAAGGGGCGCUAAACCACGUCAACUCUGACCCACAUCAUCGUCAAAACUCGUCAGUCGGUGCGUCGAUGCCCCACAUCCGCCACAGUCUGAGCAUAUGAGCACACCAAAGCGCAACACUUAGCGGCAGCAGGCAGAACCAGGGAGGACUAGGACCAAACUACAGGAGGACACCAUGUCUCGUGUUCUGACUCAUCUCUCCCGCGUCAUUUCUCGGCAAGCAUCAGCCAGGUCGGUUUUACCGAAGAGAGUCCCGGUGUUCGUCCGCUCUGUCUCCACGAGUCCAGGCUUGCGGUCUCUAACUCGUUAUGAUGAGUCUACAGACUGGCAAAAGAAACUGACUCCAGAACAGUAUGUAGUCACCAGAGAGAAAGGCACAGAGUUGCCUUUCAGUGGGAUCUACCUUAACAACAACGAGGUGGGCAUGUACCACUGUGUCUGCUGUGACUCUCCACUCUUCAGUUCAGAGGCCAAGUAUGACUCUGGUACAGGGUGGCCCUCUUUCAAAGAGGCUCAUGGGACAUGGGAGCAUGAUGAGAGCCACACCUCCAUCACCCGCCGCCCUGAUAACAGCCUGGGGAGUACAGGGACAGAGGUGCUGUGCAAAAACUGUGACGCCCACUUGGGCCAUGUGUUUGACGAUGGACCAGAUCCAACAGGCCAGCGGUUCUGCAUCAACAGUGUGGCCCUCAAUUUCAGACCCAGAGAAAACGGCAAACCCAACCAGUGUGACAAUGAAUAAAACUGCCAAGAACCACUUCAGAGCAUUUGGACCACUGAAAACAGGGCUUAUUUUAAUCCAGCUAAUAAAUAUAGAAUCCCAGUGUGUUGACAUAGGAGUUCGGAGGAUUUAUGCUGAGUUCGACAGUCAUUGUUGAAUGACAAGCUUAAACUCUUUUGUUUGUGGAGAGAAGCCUACAAACCAGCAGAAUACCCAUCUGUCAACCAAGACCCGAAGUGCACAACUGGGUAUAUAUAUAUAUAUAUAUAUCACUGAGCCCUACGUUCUCAUUAAUCCCUCACCAAAAGUGGAACCUGCCACUUUGUGUAAAUCACUGUAGUACAGUUGUUUUUUGAUGUCAUUGACUCAAGUUUUUAUGUUUAUUGUGUUGUGCAUCUCGUCCUCUGAAUGUAGAGAUUAAAUUGGCAAUGCAUGUCACUUUGCAUUGGUAUGUGGGUUCUUCUGACGACUGGUGUAAUAAAAAAUGAAUUCAGA